AUGCGUGAGGGAUACGACAAGGACGAGUUCGGUGUUGGCGAUACCUUUGUCGUGUGCGACGCCAGUGGUGGCACAGUCGACCUCAUCGCGUACAAGAUUACGCGGGUAAAGCCGGACUUCCGUAUCGAGGAGGCGGCCAUCGGUAGCGGCGUCAAGUGCGGCGCCACUUUUGUCGACAGGGAGCUUCUGGGCUGGCUCGAGCAUUGGAUCGGCAGCGAGGCGUACAAAAAAACCCCACCUAGCGCAACGAGGCACGGCAGCAACAUGAUGAAGGCGUUUGAAUUCGCAAAAUGCAAUUUCUCGGGCGACGAUGACGAUAUGGAAAUCCUCCUUCUAGCCGAGUGCGGCAUCUACACUGAUAAAAGGCUCAAUAUCAAGCAACACGUGCUGACGCUCAAGGGAGAGCAAAUGGAGCUGGUGUUCGAACCCUGCGUUAACCGGACGCUGGAGCUCACUGACGGCCAGGUAGACUCGGUCAUGAAAACCUCUUCGAAAAAGCCCAAGAUGGUCUUUGUCGUCGGCGGCUUCGGCAGCAACCCCUAUCUCUACUCCAAGAUCGAAGAGUACUGUUCGGAGCGUAGCAUCGCCACCCGCUUCCCCCCGCACCCGUGGUCGGCCGCAGCCUGGGGCGCCAUGUGCCGAGGCCUCGAAAUCGGCACCGACGAUCUCCACCACGUCAUCGCCGUGCGCCUGGCGCGCCAGCAUUACGGCACACCGGUGUUAGACGUCUUCCGGCCGGGCGUGCACGACCCGGAGGACAUGUUCAUCCCGACGCCAAUCCCAAGAAGAUCAGCAUCGACCUGGCGACGCAGUUUGAGCCUGGCGACGACUGCCUGGUCCCGGGCUAGCUGGGUUGCCUGCUACGACAACAAGCCACCAGCGCAGCUCGCCGAGCCCGCCGCCCGAUUCAUCUGCCACGUGCAGGGCGACUUCAGCGACGUGUCCUAGUCGACCUUCUCCAAGUGCAUGAGCCCCGUCACGGGCAGGGAGUCCUAUGAAAUCGACUUUAAGCUCGAGGCGACCUUUUAGGGCUGAUGACAUCGAGUGACGGUUAAUGUACCGUGGGAAGGAGUACGGAAAGACCACGGUUACGUAUGAUCAGUGAUUGUUAUAGGCACUCGAGGAGAAAGCU